UCUCUCCAGCCAGAGGCGCGGAAUUACAGCGGUGUUCAGCGGGGAGGAGAGGACUGCGAUGCCGCGUAGCUUUCUCCCUUUUCUCGCUCCGCGGGAAUGUGUGUGAGCGGGAGCUGAGCGCGCGCCUCUGUGUGUUUGAAAGAGUGAGUGAGGGGCAGUGAGUGAGCCUGCGUGUGAGACUCGGUAGCGGUAACUCCGUGAAACCAUGGCCGCUCAGCACGACUCUCUAAGCGGCUACGUGCAGCACUCGGACCCGGGCUCCAACAGCAGCGAGCGGAGCGCGGACUCCCCGCCGCCUGGAUCCGAGGACUCGGGCGGAGCUCCGGCUCCAGCUGACCCGGAGUGGACGGAGGAGCGGUUCAGGGUGGACCGCAAGAAGCUGGAGGUCAUGUUAUUAGCCGCCGCCGAGGGGAGGGUGAAUGGAGGCGAGGAUUUCUUUCAGAAGGUCAUGGAGGAGACCAGUACUCAGAUUGCAUGGCCUUCAAAGCUGAAGAUAGGAGCCAAGUCUAAGAAGGAUCCACAUAUAAAAGUGAGUGGGAAACGGGACAAUGUGAAGGAAGCCAAGGAGAAGAUCAUGUCUGUCCUUGAUACAAAGAGUAAUCGCGUGACUCUGAAGAUGGACGUCUCACACACAGAACAUUCCCACGUCAUCGGGAAAGGAGGGAACAACAUCAAGAAGGUGAUGGAGGACACGGGCUGCCACAUCCACUUCCCCGACUCCAACCGCAACAACCAGGCCGAGAAGAGCAACCAGGUGUCCAUCGCAGGCCAGCCAGGAGGGGUGGAGGCAGCCCGGGCCAGAAUCAGGGAGCUGCUCCCCCUGGUGUUGAUGUUCGAACUGCCGGUCAUAGUGCAGCUGAACCCUGAUCCCAGCUCUCCAGCCAUCCAGCACAUCUCCCAAACCUACAACAUCUCUGUGGCCUUCAAACAGCGCUCCAGGCUCUAUGGUGCUACAGGGGUCGUGAGAGGAUCACAGAACAACGUCGCAGCUGUCAAACGAGGCACCGCCGUGUUGCUGGAGCAUUUAGCCGGGAGCCUGGCAAGCGCCAUCACCGUGAGCACUCAGCUGGACAUCGCACCCCAGCACCACCUCUCCAUGAUGGGCCGUAACGGCAGCAACAUCAAGCACAUCAUGCAGCGCACUGGCGCCCAGGUCCACUUCCCCGACCCAAACUGCCCCCAGAAAAAAUCCACCGUCUACAUCCAGGGCUCCAUCGACUCGGUCUGCCUCGCACGCCAGUACCUCAUGGGCUGUCUGCCGCUGGUGCUGAUGUUCGAUAUUAAAGAGGACGUGGCAGUAGACCCACAGUGCGUCACGUCUCUCAUGGAGCAGCUGGACGUGUUCAUCAGCGUCAAACCCAAACCCAAGCAGCCUAGCAAGUCUGUGAUCGUGAAGAGCGUGGAGAGGAAUGCUCUGAACAUGUAUGAAGCCCGGCGGUAUCUCCUGGGUUUGGACAGCAGCGGGGUGUUCAUCUCCACUUCCUCUAGCAGUAGCAGCAGCAGCAGCAGCAGCCCACCAGCCGCCCCCACCCCACUCAGCUGCGCUGUGGGGCUCGAUAUCCUCACUUCAGCUGGCCUGGGCCUUACCAGCUUAGGUCUUCUGGGGCCAACAGCCGCCUCCUUAAGCGCUCCAUCAACCCCCAACUCCCUGCUCAAUGCUCUCAACAGCUCCAUCAGUCCCCUGCACGCUCCCUCCUCCGGGACCCCCAGCCCUACACUAUGGUCAAACUCACUGGCCAGUCCAACCAGCACUCCAGUGUAUGGGCUCUAUUGCACACCUGCAGGGCAAGGAUUUUCAUCAGCGCUGAUGAUCCAUCCUGCCACCCAGGCCACACUGACCAACAUCCUGCUGUCUGGGGUCCAGAGUUACACCCACAACACACCCUCUCCUCCCCCAGGCCUGGCCCCCAUCGACCCACAGGUCAAUGGGGUCCCGGACUGCAGCAAGGCCGUGUCCACUCUCAACGGCAAGCACCCCAGCUCCAUGUACAGCAGAAUGUCUACUGCCUCUUUGGCUGAGAAGGUCCUAAAUGCAGCUCAUGGUGAUUCUGUCCAGGAGGCCAGCGCCCACCGUCCAUCUGAGCCCCUGUCCAGCAAGUCCAGCCAAGACCAAGGCUCCGAUACGUUUGUGGAGGUGGGGAUGCCGCGUAGCCCCUCUCACUCGGGGAACAGCAGUGAACUGAAACAGAUGCUGGCCUCCUGCAAAACGGCCUCAGGCAAGAGGCAGGCUGUGGAGUUACUGCAGGGCACCAAAAACUCCCAUCUACAUUCAGAUUGUUUACUCUCAGACUCUGAAUCCAGUGCGUCUGACAGUCCUGUAGCGGAUAAGCGAGCGCCGGGCAGUGAGAGAGCAGCAGAGCGAGCCGCCCAGCAGAACUCAGAGAGAAUCCGCCUCCCUCCACCGUCCACCUUCCCCAACAUGCAGGCUUUCGACUAUGAGCAGAAGAAGUUGCUGGCGACCAAAGCCAUGCUCAAGAAGCCAGUGGUGACAGAGGUCCGCACACCAACCAACACGUGGAGCGGCCUGGGCUUCUCCAAAUCCAUGCCAGCGGAAACCAUUAAAGAGUUACGGAGGGCCAACCAUGUGCCCUACAAACCCACCAUGUCCACUACCUAUGAAGGAUCGCCGCUGUCGCUCUCUCGCUCCAACAGCAGAGAGGGUGUGGGAAGCGGCAGUGACUCAGAUAACUGGCGGGAAAGGAACGGGAGCGGGCUCCCGACGCACAGCGACUUCCCAACACCCAUCAGCCCCAAGAGGAAACAGAACAAGACAGUGGAGCAUUACUUGAGCAGCAGCAACUACAUGGACUGCAUCUCCUCUGUGACGGGGAGCAACGGCUGUAACCUCAGCACCUCCCUGAAAGGCUCAGACCUGCCAGAGCUCUUCAGCAAGCUCGGCCUGGGGAAGUACACCGACGUCUUCCAGCAACAGGAGAUCGACCUGCAGACGUUCCUCACCCUCACAGAUCAGGACCUGAAGGAGCUGGGCAUCACUACGUUCGGAGCACGUCGGAAAAUGCUGCUGGCCAUCUCAGACCUAAACAAAAACCGGAGGAAACUCUUUGAGCCGCCCAACAUUCGCUCAUCAUUCCUAGAGGGCGGAGCCAGCGGACGCCUUCCACGUCAGUUUCACGCGGACAUCGCCAGCGUGAGCGGCCGCUGGUAAUAAACCCUGCAGCCGUCUGCCCACUGCCAGCUGAUACCUGGUGGGGGGGGCAGCCUUAACUGCACAAAGCCAUUCCCCGUUCCCCACACCCGGCCUUACAAACAGUACUGGACCAAACCCCGCCCUCUGAAUCAGUGCCAAAAACAAACAAAGAAUGUCUUUCUUCUCUUAGGAAUAAAGGGUAAGUCCACAGGACUCUUGUAAAUGUUUAUUAUGAUUAUUAUGUACGAUUAUUUGGUACUCUAUGCAGUAUGGUACUCAGAACACGGAAAUGAAGGUAGCAUUGAAGGAUCCAUGGAGCUCCCGCACUGCCAUAUACGGAGCUGUCGGAGUACUUGGUUCAUAGUUUUGAUUUUUAUUUAUAUCCUCGUUUUAGGCUUAUGUCAUACUAAUUCUUUGCACUUUAAGAAUACUAAAUACUCUGCCUGAGGGCCGAUACUCCUCUCUGACGGUCUGCCCUAUAAAAUGUGCAAGGAGCGUGAUAGCACUUACAUGGAUAAUCAUGAUAGAGAUAAGGUUUAAAAAAAAAAAAUCACAAAGCUCUCCAACCUACAACGCCUACAGCCAUAUUGUGGAUGUGGAGCGUCCACACCUGCCAUGUUUAUUAUUUGGUCAGUGCCAUGUUCAUCAGUUCAGUUUUCUGGUCAUUUUAGCCAAAUUUGAAUCAGACAGUUGGGUUUAAAACUGAUUUUUUUUGUUGACUAAUCACAGGGCAUCUCACAAUACAAUACGCUGAACAUGAUAACUGAUAUCAUGAUUCUGUGAUACUCAAUAUAUCACAAGACAAUUUUCUACAAUACUUCACACUAUCUGUUUUACUAAAGAUGAAAAAAUACUCCUAAAAAAAAAAAAUACUAGGAAUUAUGGAUUUAAUUCAUAUUUGACGCCACUGUCGAUCUGAUAUGAUCAAAAUGAUACAAUAUAUUACAGUAUUGAUAUAUUGUCCCACCUCUAUUUAGUAUAGAAAGAAAGAAAUGUGUAUUCAUACAUUUUCCCCACUUUUCUAGUUUUAAUUUCUGCUGAUCACAAAAUGAAUUUCAGAAAAAAAAUGAUUUUUGCAUUUUAUAGACAAAAGUAAGUUGGAUUAUACCAUUAGAUUUUUGUAACUAAUACAAACCUUCAUAUGAGACUUGUUGUAGGCGCGUGUCUCGAGAAAUACGAUACACACCUGAAGCUGUGAACAUUACCAGUCAUUCUCUCACGAGGUUGAACCACCGAAGUGCCUUUUCCACAUGCACUGUCCACACUUUCCCCCAGAAAACAGAAACAGCUGAAGAAUUGAAUCCUGUCUAAUGAAGGUACAGCGAUUUGACGUAGAUGUAAAAUGUAGCUAAACCACUCAUGGAAUAAUCUCGCAAUGCAUCGCUUUCUUUUUACAUGUAUAGUAUUCUUGUAUUUGCAUUUAAUUGUUGCGUAUGUUGUAUAUGACCUCGUAUGUGAUGGAGGUACUGUUCAAAUAUGUAUUGUUCAUAUUGCAGUUUUUAUAGUCUUAUGUAUUUUUUGUUCUGUCUACAAGUUUGUCAUUGUCACUUCCAGACAGCAGCAAAGGAGGAUCUGUAGUUUUAUAGAGUUUAUAGUGUGUCAUGUACUCUACCGGUCAAAGGUUUUUAGAACACUCCUAUUUUUUUGUAGUUAUAUUAUCAUCUUAGCUUCUUAUCAUCUGUUAGAAAUCUCUUAGUCCAAUGAUGAGCAUAAGAGCUAAAGUUGCUGUUGCCAUGUGGGUCAGCCAGACGCCUUCCUGUACCAGUUUUCUCCAGUUUUUUUAAGGUAUAGAAAACUAGAAAAAGUACUCACCGCUCUCUGGCUUCAUCUGGAAAGACUUCUACUUUAAAUAGUUUCAGAGUUCUCUGUCUUUCUGUGUCUCUUUCUAGUUAUGAUGAGGAAGGUGUGAUUGUGCUGUGUGUAAGUGUGUAAAUGCUGCAGUAGAGAGAACAGUAACAUCAUGGGCCCUAUCGCCUAUAGCAGAUAUAGGCAUUCUGCUGUUUGAGAAUUUGACAGAUACUCAUUCUCAAUCAUUCUCUCUCUCAAACUCUGCAGUUUAGGAAAUAAAAAAUAAAGAAUAAAUGACUUCGACUGAACAUAAAUAAAUUUUAUUUCACUUUGCUAUUAUUUAACUGAAAUUUGCUUAGAUUGCUUAGAUUUUUUUUAUAUUUUAAAAACGUCAAAGCACAUUGCCACAGUGCUCUCACGUCUCACGGUGCCCAUCAAUUAUAUAAAACUUCAAAACGUGAAAUACACAGAUCUAUAAAGCUUUAUGUUAGUGUUCGUUCCUUAUCAUCAGGGCACAUUUAUUAAAAUAUAAACUAUAUUAAUUCAUUAAAUUAAAUCUUGUCCAGCACUUUAAAAUAAAUAAAACUCAGUUCAGUUAAAUAAACUUAUGAUGAGUAAGAACCUGUAAAGUUAAUUAAAUAUUGUCAAAUAUAAAGGAUAGGUUAAGAUUUUGGUGAGCUGUUUCCAUGAUAUGAAAGUGUUAGUCAGUGUUGCAAACACAACUUUUAUAUUAAUAAUAAACAGAAUAAAUAAUAAAAUAUCAUUGCUGUUCCCUUAAAUGAGCUGCUGGUGUACCUUCACAGCGUGAACAUGCAGGUCAGUAUCCUCUGGUCAGAUGCAGAAAGCACAGCACUUUUAAGAUAGGAACACGCAAAAGUCACAGCUUGUCUGGCUCUUAAAGGGAAUGACAACUGGCACACUGAUUGGUUUCUUUCACGUUAUGCCCAAAACACACCCAUAAAUAAUGAACAUGCCUUUAGAUUUUUUGCGGCCUCAUGAUACCAAAGACACAGGACACGCCCCUAAAUCAGUCUGUGCAAAGCACAAAUGAUCAGUGUGCUAUAGAUCACUAAAAUAGGGCCCCAUCUGUUCCAGCACUGCUUUACUAUUCACUCUACUUCCCUUUUAAAUCCAUUUCUGAAGCUCUUUCCUAAAAAGUUCUUUUAUACAAAAAAUAUUUUCUCAGUUUUAGUUCAUUUUUCCUCUUAAAAGCUCUGUUACUUUACUGCUAACUUUUGUACUAUUUAAUUUCAGAUUAAAUGGCAAAUAUAGAUGGAAAAAAACUGGGGGUGUUCUAAAAUCUUUAGUCGGUAGUGUUUGUUUUUGUUUUUUAAGUCUUUUUUGUUUUUAUUUUGUUUUAUUGUUUUGUUUUGUUUUUAUUAAUACCAAAUUUGGACUAAUGUACAAGUGAAAGGGAGAUGAUAGAAAACUCUCUGUUUUGUGCAGAUCUCCAGUCAGUAUUAAUGAACUGAACAGACUGACUAUGCAAAGAGAUCACUUUGUUGCCAUAUAGUGUAUGUUUACUUAAAGCACAUAAGCCAGAGUGCCAGAAUCGUGUUCCAAUCAAGUUCACAGGCUGCCUGAUUCCAGUGUAUUGCGGUCCUGAUAUACCAUGAUAUACCUGAGAUUCUUAGAUUAGUGCUUUGGAUGAAUCGAGUGUUAUCUCUGUUUUUAUCUGUGUGAUUUGUGACUUGUAAAAGACCAAACUGUAAUCAGUGAUUUGUGGAAUUGUUUUUCUCUCUCUUUCUCAGAGGAGAACAUAAGGAAAAGGCAUUUUCUUACUCUGACAUGGCCUUGUGAUCAGGGCCAGCACUUUUUUUUUUAUAAUUAUUUUGGGCCAAAGUAAGAUGAACAACUAACGGCUCCACAUUGGCGUACAGGACAGCCAUGUUGGAGCGUUAGUUCUGAUAAAUAAGGGAAAAAACGAAAUAAAGCACUAAUCUGUAUUGUUCUGCCAAACGUUCGGUUCUUCCUGACGUACGUAUCGUUAAGUUGCUCAGCCGGCCAGUGCCUUGGGAAUGACUUUUGUCAAAUCUGUGAGUCCGACACAGAUUAAAUACUCCACGGUAAUGUUCUUUGAUGUUGCAUUAAAAUGUAUAUUACCAUGAACUUGUGGUACUGUUGAAUGUUCUUUCCUGAGUUGAAGUCCUUGUUACAGAAGAAUAAAACACAUGUAAACCUUU